CCGACCUCUGCACUCCAUAGCCCGGAUGUGGCAAGAGAAAUGCUUUUGGAGCCUGCUCGGCUGCGUGGGUCGUCUUGGGUAGACUCGUCGGGCUCCUGGGACCAGAUAUUCAGCAGUUGCUUGUGACUCUGGUCCAGAUACGCUGCUGGCAUGCGAGACCAGACUAUUAUUCUGUAAAUGUGAUCAACAGGAGCAGAGCGUCCUCUUUCAUCCCGCAGUUGCGGGCCAGGAGCCAUUGGCUCGCAGCCUCCCCACUUCGAGCUGCGCGCGACGUGGAUGUGAGAGCCGUACGCGCCACAGCCAGGCUAGCGCGCGUAAAUGACGGACAGCGCAUGUGCCACGCCGCACGUCAGCCCGCCACUGGUCAAGAGUCCAACCCAUUCCUGUCCACCCGCCUGGGGCCGCUCCUAAUUGCGCGCUAACUCAACCCAAAACCGCGGAGCGGAGGUGGCCCGGCGUGACGCAUGCGCGUCUUGGUGUCUCCUAGUGCGCAUGCUCUGGAGUAUGCGCGAGUCUGGGCGGGGCAAGGCUGAAGCCGCGAAAACCGCGCGAAAUCCGCAGGAACUAGCAUUUUGGCGCCAUGGCGCAAAGUCGUGUUACUGAUUUCUAUGCUUGCCGUCGCCCGGGCCUUACCGCUCCGCGGGCCAAGUCGGCCUGUCUCACCCCGAGCCCCAGUGGGCUUGUGACCACCGAGUUGACCCGGAGCAGCAGCCGCAAGCGCGCCCGGCCCUCCACCGAACCCGGGAGCGACCACCCCGCGCCGUCCGCGCGCCGGAGGCUGCGGCUUCCUGGACUGGACUCCUGCCCCAGUUCCCCAGCUGACCCCAGCUCUCCAGCAGACCCUAGCUCCCCAGUAAGCCCAUCUCCCGUCAAGAGAAUAAAGAGCACUGCUGUCUUAGAAGGUUCAGGCCUUUCUGCCACAGUUCAGCAGCAGGACAAGGUUCCCUCAAAGGACUCUAUCUCUGAGCUCCAUUCCUGCCUGAGGCGGGCACGUAAGUUGGGAGCCCAGGCUCGGGCCCUGAGGGCCAGAAUCCAGGAGAAUGCUGUGGAGUCUUGUACAUCAGAUGCCAAGGAGCCCUCAGAGCAACCAUGUGUCGAGAAAGUCCCUGCCUACCAGCGCUUCCAUACCCUGGCCCAGCCCGGUCCCCCUGGCCUCGUCCUGCCCUACAAGUAUCAAGUGUUGGCCGAGAUGUUCCGGAGCAUGGAUACCAUUGUGAGCAUGCUUCACAAUCGGUCUGAGACCGUGACCUUUGCUAAAGUCAAACAAGGCGUCCAGGACAUGAUGCGCAAGCGCUUCGAAGAGCGUAACGUGGGCCAGAUCAAAACCGUGUAUCCCACAUCAUAUUGCUUCCGCCAGGAAUGCAAUGUCCCCACUUUCAAGGACAGCAUCAAGAGAUCGGAUUACCAACUCACCAUCGAACCCUUGCUGGGCCAGGAGGGUGGUGGUAGUGGUGCCACCCAGCUCACAGCCACGUGCCUCUUGCAGCGCAGACAGGUCUUCCGUCAGAACCUGGUGGAACGAGUCAAGGAGCAUCACAAGGCUUUCCUUGCCUCAUUGAACCCCCCCAUGGCUGUGCCUGAAGACCAGCUGACACGCUGGCACCCACGCUUCAAUGUGGAUGAAGUGCCCGAUAUUGAACCCGCCGAAUUGCCCCAGCCUCCUGUCACAGAGAAGCUCACCACCGCCCAGGAGGUGUUGGCCCGAGCCCGCAACUUGAUGUCACCCAAGAUGGAGAGGGCCUUGAGUAACCUAGCCCUGCGCUCAGCUGAGCCUGGGAGCCCUGGGUCCUCUAGUCCAGCACUCCCAGCCACCCCACCAGCCACCCCACCAGCUGCCUCUCCCAGUGCCCUGAAGGGUGUGUCUCAGGCCUUGCUGGAGCGGAUAAGGGCCAAGGAGGUCCAGAAACAGCUGGCACAGAUGACACGGUGCCCAGAACAGGAGCUUCGGCUGCAGCGGUUAGAGCGCUUGCCAGAGCUAGCCCGGGUGUUGCGUGGUGUCUUUGUGUCUGAGCGCAAACCAGCACUCACUAUGGAGGUGAUCUGCACAAGGAUGGUUGACAGUUGCCAAGCUGCCCUGAGCUCAGGGGAGAUGGAGAAGCACGUGCUGCUCCUAGCCGAGCUGCUGCCAGACUGGCUCAGCCUGCAUCGCAUUCGCACGGACACUUACAUCAAGCUGGACAAAGCUGCUGACCUAGCUGGCCUCACUGCGAGGCUGACCCAGCGUGUCCACACUGAAGGGCUGUGACUGAGUUCUUCUUCGCCUGACGGUCUGUUCUCUUGAUCAGAACAACGCACUUGAGCUUCCCUCCCCAUGCCACAGGCCUACAAGGGCCUACCGCCAGUAUGGGCAGCGGUUGUGCCCAUGGAUCUCAUAAAGCAGCUUUGGGGUACCCCAGAGCCAGCUCUUUGUGGUUGCUGGGGAAGUAGACUGAGAGCAGAGGAAGUCGGAUGUCUGUCCAUCCCACAAACUACUCGUCUAGUUCCAGGUACUGUCGGUCCAGCUGGGAGCCCCAGGCCAGCCUAGCCUGCUCCUCCGUGCUCAUGAAAGCUGCUGUCUUGCUUAAGAGCCUUAAGACCCACACAGAAAACUUGGACUUCUGGCCAGAUUUCACAAGGACAGUGAGCUCUGAAUGGCAGAGUGAAAUUGGGCUUUCUGUAUAUAAUUAAAAUAAUUUUCUAGGUUUUGAGACCAAAAUUUUUAUGAAAAUGAGUAUUUUUU